CAUGCGCUCAGCUCCCAGGGUUUGGUUCAGCCUUGAAAUGGAGAAUUUGUCUGAAACUGAUCAGCGCUGGUCAAUUUCAGACAGCUCCGCAGGGCUGCAAUAAAUCACGCUGGGAAAUAACACCCCCCUCCACAGCCCCCUCCAUCCAUCCACCCACCCACCAUCCCUCCCUCCCUCCCUCCCCUCUCUUCCCCUGAAACAGGCGAUCACCUCUGAUCCGCAGCCUUUUCCUUUCAAACCACUCACUCCCGCCCCCCACCCCCAAAAAAAAGCCGGAGGAGGAGAAGAGACGCUUCCAUCUCCCCGCAGCCCCUGCUCGCUUUGCGCCGCAAGCCCCCUCCCCACCCUGCCGCCUGGAAGCAGAGACCAGCCCCUCCACCCUCCUUCCCCAGGACUGAGAGACACAAAUCCAGCGCUAGAGGCAACGGCAAACAUCCCUGAUCUCCGGAGCUGCAGAUGUGGCGGAGCAGCCGACGGCCCAGGCGCUGGGGGUGUUCCAGGGAAAGCAGCUCUUUCUUCUUCCAGGCGAGGUCCGCAUCUGCUUCGGCUCCCGGGGCCCCGUGGAAACCUGUCCUCCCUGCUUCACCCAUUUGCAGUCUGCUGUGAAAAUUCCGGUACGAUCGUCCGACACCCCUCUCCAUCUCAACCCCCGCAGCAGGCAAGAGACACACAAAGCGGCGAGGAGCAGAGGUCUGUGUCGUCUGUCCCCCCUCCCCCUGGUAGAAAAGGUUGCCUGGGCACCCUGCCUCUGCCCCCGGGCUGCAGGGGGAGCAGGCCCCAGAGGACGCCAUCUGCUCCCUGCCGGAGGACACUGUUGGUGGCCACACCGGGCACCAUGCACUCCCUGGACGAGCCCCUCGACCUCAAGAUCAGCAUCUCCAAGCUGCGGGCGGUGCGGGAGAAGCGGACGCUGGGCAGCACCAAGCACCGGGCCUUGCACCGCGAGCUCAAGAGCCAGGAUGAUGGUGCCACGGCGAUGGGCCCUGGCUCACCUGGCUCCCCGCUGGCCGGUGAGAGGGGAAGGGGCCUCCAGGGCCCCACCCGGGGGGACCACCUUCCUACACCCUCUGGUCCCCUGCUGCCCUCCAAGUACCAUGACAAACGGGACGCUCGCUUCUCCUCGAUGCCCCUGCUGGACCUCAGCCUGUCGCCCCCGUCCGGCCCGGACUCCCCCGGCGGCAGCACCUCGCUGUCCCCUGAGCGGCAGGGCAGCGGGGACCUGCCCAUGGCCCCCACCCCCCAUGAUUUCCCGUCCCUGCGCUACAUCGACGGCCUCCCGAGCUCCUUCCAGUUCUUCCUGCCCCUGGGCUCAGGCGGUGCCCUGCACCUGCCGGCCUCGGCCUUCCUCACCCCCACCAAGGAGAAGCGCCUCUCCUCAGAGCUGCCCCUGCCGCAGCAGCUGGUGUGUCGCUGGGCCAAGUGUAACCAGCUCUUCGACCUGCUCCAGGAUCUGGUGGAUCACGUCAACGACUUCCACGUCAAGCCAGAGAAGGACGCGGGUUACUGCUGCCACUGGGAGGGCUGCGCGCGCCAUGGCCGGGGCUUCAAUGCCAGGUACAAGAUGCUGAUCCACAUUCGCACCCACACCAACGAGAAGCCUCAUCGCUGCCCAACCUGCAACAAGAGCUUCUCCAGGCUGGAAAACCUUAAAAUCCACAACCGCUCGCACACAGGCGAGAAACCCUACAUGUGCCCCUACGAGGGCUGCAGCAAGCGCUACUCCAACUCCAGCGACCGCUUCAAGCACACGCGCACCCACUACGUGGACAAGCCCUACUACUGCAAGAUGCCCGGCUGCCACAAGCGCUACACGGACCCCAGCUCACUGCGCAAGCACAUCAAGGCCCAUGGCCACUUUGUGUCCCACGAGCAGCAGGAGCUGCUCAAACUCCAGCAGCCUCCCAAGACCCCCGUCACCUCGGCGGAAGUGCCUUACGUCAACGGGGCGCAGCUCAUCAUCCCCAACCCGGCCGCCCUCUUCGGUGGGCAUGCGCUGUCCGGCCUGGGCGCCUCUCUGCCCAUCCCCCUGGCCCCGGGGCCGCUGGACCUCAGCACCCUGGCCUGUGGCGCCAUGGGCUCUGCCGCGCUGCCGGGGCUGCCCAGCCCCGUGCUGUCCCUCAAUGGGGCGCCACUCAACUUGGCCAAGAGCCCCUUGCUGGCGUCUCCCUUCGGGGCCGGCGGGCUGGGGCUGCCAGUGGUGUCCCUGCUUGCUGGCAAGACGGACGUGGAGAAGUGCCAGGUGGGCGACACCAGGGUGGCCAAAGCGGGCAAAGCUCAGGGGCUCGAGAGCCGCAAAGACUCGUGUGACAGGACUGAGCGGGCCCGGCUCAGGCACGCUCCGGAGAGCCUGCCGCUGCUGCCCGGCACAGUGCUGGACCUGUCCACCGGCGUGAGCUCUAUGGGCAGCCCCGAGGCCCUGCCGCCCGGCUGGGUGGUGAUCCCCCCGGGCUCCGUCUUGCUGAAGCCGGCCGUGGUGAACUGAAUGAACGAAGCCCAGAUGCAAGACAAGGCACCACCUUGGCCCGAGUCUUGACGGGUGAAUCUGCCAGCGGGGUGGGGGGGAGCCGGACCUCCCGCCCCUUCCCCUGUGACUGCCGCUUGGGUCUCGCUUGGACCCUUCACGAAAGAUGAGUUUGACUCUUCUGAGAAUAGCAAUAAUCCCCAUCCCAGCCCCGCGGCUGGCCCGCACCACCAGCCCAGCACAGGCUGCUCCAGAGGCCUCUUCGUGGGACCCCCUGAGACAGCUAACUGCCCCCUUCCUGAGUCAGCCGCACCCUGGCGCCUCCUGCUGGCUCUCCAGGGUGCCAACGCUGGCGCAGGACACAGCAGGAGCAGGCUCAUGGCUCUGGCAGGCACCAGGGUCGGUUGUGGCAGCAGAGCGGGCGCCGGAGAGGGAUGAUUGCGGAGGGACCAGAGCCAGGCUGUGGCUCUGGGAGCAAUGGAGUGUGGAGCUGGAUCGGGGCCCUAGGGCCAGCCUGGUGUGCCAUCACCCUGUCUCUCCCUGGGGGCUGCCUGCCCCAGGCCUAAGGCAGUGGGAGGCGCCGCUAUUUUAUUUAUCUCACCCAACACCCCGCUCUGACAGGUCCCACGUCGGGCCCUAGUCCCUGGUGCUGACCAGGUGCCCCCUGCCUGAGGCCUGAUCCACGCAGCCACCUGCAUUGAGGUCCCACCCCCCAGCCCCAUGUCCACCCCCCAGUCAGUGCCAGGUGCUCAUGUCCUAGCGCCCUCUGCUGGCUGUGUGAAGCCCAGUAGCUGGGUGGGUGUGAGCGAGCCCAGGGGAAGGGCCCACUGACCCUCCCCAGCCUGCGGCUCCUGGGUGUGGUGGCCCCUGGCCCCUGCAGCAGAGCUGCCCCCUUGGCACUGGCCACACCCUCUGGCCAUCACACAUGGCCUGGCAGGGAGGACGGUGCCAGCAGAACCCACAAACACAGGCAUGUCCCCCCCCCCCCCCGAGCCCCAUGACGCAGGCAGCCCUGGGCACCUUCUUCUCUGGCUCAGGGUAAGCCCCCCACCCUAGGAUUGGCACUGCCAUGGCGUUGGGCUGGGGGGCUCCCUCCACUCCAGCUCCGGUUCCCGCAUACCGUGGGACGCUGGCUCGUUUCCAGGAGCUCCCAUGUGAGGGGCUCUAGCACCUUGCUCGCCCCAACACCUGCCACUGGCCCUCUCCCAUCACCCACCUCCCUGUGCCUGUGCCUGCGCCAGCCCAGCCUGCAGCACAGCCAGCACCCUGGGAGCCAAGCGGCGUUUUCCUGCCAUGCGGCGCUGACCUGGGAGCAGCCAGCCCAGCCAUGUGGGACCACCAGGAGCCACCAAAGCAGGGGUGUUCCCGUUGUCACCCCCCAGCUGACGGAGUUCCCACCAGGCGCCCUGCCCAGUCUGACCCCCUCUCCCCUCCAGAUCAGUCGGGCCCCGAUUGCACCCAGCUGGCUCCGGGCCCGUGCGCCAGCGGAGAAGGCAGAGCUACUCACCCGCAUCUGGGCUUGCCCGCCGGAGAUGCCAGCGAGACAAGACCAUGAUGAACUUCUGGACUGCAGCCCCAUCGCCCUUCAGCUCUGGGUUGACUGGACUCAGACAGACAGACGGCCCCCCCAGUCCCAUGGGGAGCCCUGUCCCCAGAUCCCCCCCCCGACAACGCAUACUGGCUGAGUAUGCCGCUCGCCGGCUCCCGUGCCCCUUCCCCAAUGAUGGGGGAGGGUGGGGGCAAGAUCGCCUUCAGCUCUGUUAGAACCUUAGCAUGUAACGCAAGUGUGUGUGGCUGGCCGGCGCCACAGGGCCGGAGCCCCCCUGCCCGCCUUCCUGGCUGUGAACCCUGGUGCUAGUGUCCUGGCCAGCCCAGCUGGGAGGCGGGUGCCAGGGGCAGUACUUCAGUUAACACCCUGAGUGGGCAGAUUGCUGCAGCCCCACCCUGCAGGGAGCCCUUGGGCCACCACCCACAACCUGGCGCUGCACCUGCCAAGCCCCCAUUCUGGCCAGCUGCCAAGGUGAGCCUCAUCAGGCCUGGGACUGAGCCCCCACCCCACUGUUCCUCCCCCCCCACCCCUGGCAAGGCCUGCUGCUGAUGCUCCCCAAACUGGUUUGCCUCCACCCUUUGGCCAGAUCCCCCCACAGACCCAUCUCCCAAUGACUGGCUCAGCAGCUGCAACCUUCUCCAGCCUCGCCCCAGCCUGACUGCCCGGAGCCCUGGCUAGCCCUGCCCUGGCACAUGCCACCUCCCUGAGGCAUGGCUGCCAGGCUGCCUGUGGGCACAUGGCCUGGGCAGGCUGGUGCCCUGAGAACUCCCCUGGGCCUGUCCUCAGCCAGGGGCUGCAGCAUAUGCAGGUAGGAGGGACCCCAUUAGCGCUGUCCCCCCCACACAGAGUAAUUCCCAUGGGCUGGGUGCAGCCAGCUGCCCCACAUUCUUCUCUGGCUCCAUCGAUGGGCCUAGCUGUGCCCCCCACUGUCACUGCCCCAGGGGGUGGGUUGGAGACACCCCAGCCAGCCCUGUGGGCAGCCUGGUGAGCAGCAGGCCCAGUGCCAGGCUCAGACCCAGCAGCAUUGGGUGACAGCUGGAUGCCCCUGGGGCACCCGGUCCGGGGGAGGAGCAGCAGGAGGCAGAGCCUGGUCCAUCAGAGCACUGUGGUUAUGGGUGCCAGCUGCUGGGGAGCAUGAGCUUCCCCCCCUCCCCAUAUGCACGCCGCUGGUUAGAAAGCUAAUUACACACACAGCAUAGGGCCACUCUCACUGCCCACGGUGCAGCCUGGGGGGAGGGCUCUGCUACCCCACAGCACUGGGGGCUGAUGUGUCUGCUCCUCCCAGCCACGGGGCAUCACAGCCCUCGCUCAGCGUGGGGGGGAGCAGCUGGUAAGCUGCUGGGGCUCUGCCCUGAGAGGGCAGCAAGCCAAUCUAAGUUACAGCAUUAAAUGUGGGGUGGCCAAGGCUGUGGCCUGAGACUACAGCUCCCAGCAGGCACUCCACCCCGUUCUGAGCAGUGCCUACUGGGAGCUGUAGUCUCCAGGCGACACCUGCCCAUGAGGAAUAGAGCCACAACAAUGUACAGAUUGGGGUCAUGCCAUGCGGCCCAGCGGGCUCCUCCCAGCCUGGCGAGGGCCUGGUGUGGCUGCCCCCAGCAGGGAGCAGAUCUGGGCAGGGUUGGCCCCUGCACGAUGUGGGUCUGGAGGUUCAGCUGUGGCCAAAGAGGGCAGGCAUGUUGGCUGGCUGGCACCGCAGAGCUGCACUGAGCCGUGGUGGGUGAUGCCUGUGGGCUCAGCCCGUCUCUUCAGCUGGUGCUGGCCGGAUGGCCCCGCGCAGUAUGUACCGUAAGCUAUCCUAGACACUCCAGGGCCAGCCAGGCUGGCCUACGGACGUAUAAGCUACAUAAACUCUUUAGACUGAUUUAGCACUUUGAGUGGCCGCUCCAGAGCCAAGCUCCUUGGGCACAGCUAGGCCUGGGCAUGGCAUGGCUGUGCCCGCAGGAGCAGGCCCAGGCCCUUCCUGAGGACAGGGCAUCUCCAAGCAGCCACCGCUUGUGCCCAGGUCUCCUGGCCUCUCCCCCUCCCCACGCUUGCCCCUCGGACGCUCCCUCCCCCCCAGAGGGAUUGCUCAGUGCUUGCCCCAAGGGGCCCACCCGGACUAACCCUCCCUUGUAGGAGGGGUCUCGCUGUCUUUUCUCCUCCUCCUGGUAUACAAGGGGGUCCUGCGUACCUCUCCCCUGCCCUCAGCAGGACCCCUGCUCUGCUGCCACCCUCCAACCAGGAGAUCCCCCUGGCCAGGCUCUAGACCCCCUCACUGGCCACAUCCUCCACCUCAAAAGCUCCAUUGCAGCUGCUAGAGGGAGGGGCCCUCAGGGUCUGGUGGUUACAGCACUGCAGCCUGGCUGGCGGGGAGCCAGCCCCCCAGAGCCAACACUUGGGGGGGAACUGGUGCUGCGGGUGAGCACCAUGCCUGCCAGCUCUGGGGCUGCCGAGAGAUCCCUGCCCUCUCGCCCCAGGCCAGGCAAGCAGCAUGCCACUCAAAGGGUUAACGGUAGCACAGCAUGUGCUUUGUGCUAGACUAGGCCUGCCAGGCCGGUAUACGUUUUGUUUUUUGGUCGUCGUCGCACAUUCCAGGCUCUCGGUAUUUUACCCGUCUCUAAGUGCCUUUCUCUGGUAGUGUACGUUCUUUCUCCUCUCGGCUCCAUUGCUGUUAGCAUAGCGUUUAACUAAAGAAACAGAGCGAGACGCGCUCACGACUGCCCCUCUCGGCCUCCACAGGAGAGGACGUUUAGUAAGAAAACAAUAAAGUGAAUUGACAAGUU